UGCCAAGACCAGCCCCUAUUCUUCACCAAUGAACGGGCAAAUUUACAAUCGGCAAAAGCGUUUAACUACGGACGAGAUGGCCAUGGCAGGCAGCACAUGAACGACAUUUUGAACCACUAAACAUCUGCUAAACAUAUCUUCUAAUAGCAAGGUGGGACAUAAGGUGGUUUAUAGAGGCAGAUAUUGAGGAGAACAGAUCUGGUCAGCAUUAACGCGCAGCCCCUCUGGAGAUUUAACGUUACCGAUCGACCCGGAAUAUGAAACAUGGCAGAUGCAUCACUCAGCAAAGAUCCAGAGCGCACUCAUCACUUAUUCUUUGUCCUUUUUGGAAACCUUUUAAUUGGGUGUUUUUAUGGGGUUUGAUACAGAAUUUUACACCCGGGAGCAACAUUCACCAGACAGGAGUUGUUUUAGUAAGGGAUUCAUUUUAGUUCAUAUCAGUCAGGUCAUGGAUAUUUGGACUUGGCUGCGUUAAAGUACCUACUGCCUAUCCAUCAUAAUGGAUAAAGAUGACCAGGAACUCUGCGAGCCCCCUUUGCAUGGGCUUUACGGGCCUAACCGGAUCCGUCCGUCCUCGUACCGGGCUCUGCGGAGCGCAGUGUCCAGUCUGGCGCGCAUUGACGAUUUCUUCUGUGAGAAAAUUGGCUCCGGCUUCUUCUCUGAAGUCUUCAAGGUGCAGCACAGGAUCACAGGACAGGUGAUGGCUCUGAAGAUGAACACACUAGCCAGUAAUAAAGCAAACAUGCUGAGAGAGGUGCAGCUCAUGAACCGCCUUUGCCACCCCAACAUCCUCAGGUUUUUGGGGGUGUGUGUUAAUGAAGGGCAGCUUCAUGCUCUCACUGAGUACAUUAAUGGAGGGAACCUGGAGCAGCUGCUAGACAGUGACAUAUAUCUGUCAUGGAGCGUAAGGAUCGGUCUGUCUCUGGACAUUGCAAGAGGGCUGCAGUAUCUUCACAGCAAGGGCAUUUUCCACCGAGAUCUCACAUCUAAGAAUUGUCUGGUGCGUUGUGAUAAUGGUGCUUUCACGUCUGUGGUUGGGGAUUUUGGACUGGCAGAGAAAAUUCCUGAUUACAGUGAUUGUGUUGAAAAGCAACCGUUGGCUGUCGUGGGCUCCCCCUACUGGAUGGCUCCAGAAAUGUUGCGAGGAGAGAUUUACAACGAGAAGGUGGAUGUCUUUGCAUAUGGAAUAAUUCUUUGUGAGAUCAUUGCCCGAAUUGAAGCUGACCCAGAUAUCCUCCCCCGGACAGAGGAUUUUGGACUGGACAUUGACACAUUUGAGCAGAUGGUGGGAGACUGUCCACCUUCGUUUCUACGUCUGGCUGUUAACUGCUGCAAUAUGUGUGCAGACAGCCGUCCUGCCUUCUCUGAGAUAGUAGUGACCCUCGAGAGCAUAGAGAGAGAAAGAGAGAAAAGUGAAGCUCCAAUUAUAUUGGAACCUGUUGCCAUUGACGUCAGCCCGUAUAGGAGGAGAAGUGUGCCGUGCCAUCCGGGUGAACAGCGUCUGUCACGUAGUCAGUCAGACAUGUUGCCUCCUGCCACAUCGCCGUGUCUGGGUACACCUGCCCGUGUCAACCCCUUCUCUCUUCGGCAAGAUCUCAAUGGUGGUCGCAUCAAGCUCUUUGACACCCCUAGCAAGUCCGUCAUCUCUCUUACAUUUACCCUUCCACCACCUCCGGACCCCUGCGCCUCCCCAUCUUUUAAAAGCACCCCGGGACUCCGCGGACCCCCUCGAAGGUGUCGGUCCCUGCCGUGCACCCCCGAGCUGGGUCGACAACUCCCCUUCCGAGACCAGAAUGAGUGUGAGGGAGAGGAGCAGAGGAAUGAGGAACUCGGAAAUGAAAUGAAGAAAGAUGUGGAGGAAUGGCUGGAUGAGAUUGAGGACUCAGACUUGGUGCUGGACUUAGACAUGGUGUCUUUAGAGCGGGUAGAUGAGGAAGAGGAGGAAGAGGUUGAAAAGGAUGGAUUGUGCCACACAGAACCAAUGGACUGUAGCAGCUCCCCCGACACAGCGGAAAGAGUCAUGCCAGGAAAACGAUUUAUCAGCGGUUCUUUUAAUUCAUCUUCAUCAUCCUUAAAGCCCAAUGGAUGGCCUACACCUGUUUCCAAUGGGCCACCAUUAUUACCUCCACUUCCCCGUUUGGACAAUAACAAUGGACUUCUGAGACCCGGGCGGCCGUUAGCAUGGGCUAGACUAAACGGUUACCGUGGUCCUGCCCCAGCACCUUUACCACCCACCACCGAACAGGAUGAUGUCAUUUCCUGUCCCGCCUGCUGUCUGGCUGGGUUCAGUUUCCCUUCUUUGUGACUGCGUGGAGCCCCUCCUCGUCUUGGACCUCCAAGACGACCGUACAGGAACUUCAAUGGAGGAGAGACAUCUGCAGUCACAGCAAAGGGACUUCUCUGUCGGGGAGCCAAGGGCCUGGCCCCACCCACAGCAACCUGUGAGCCAGGAUUACCACUUCCGGAAGCUCAGACCUAAUAAGAGUAAACUGAAAAUAGGCAACAUUAAUCUUGAAAUGGUCAGAUUACUAGAGGUGGGUUAGCAUCCACUGACAGAAAGAAUCCAUAUUGCUCAAUGUGGUUGAAACGGUAUAUUAAAUGUGUGUGUGAGAUACAUAUAAGAUUGAAUAGAGGGAUGAAAGGCAUGCUGGUGUUGCACCAGAUCUUCAACUUGAUUUUGGUCAUUUUUACCAUUAUCCAGACUCACAGUUAAUUACACAAUAAUGGGUGCUCUUCGAUCUGUACUCCUCUUAGCUCCUAUCUAUACUGUACUGACUCAAAGCCACUGUGGUAAAAAGUAAAACUGUGUUUGGGAAGACAGAGAUCCAUGUGCAAAAUAGUGGCAUGUAAAGUAUUUAAACGUAUCUCAUUUAUUUAUUUAUUAGAUAAUCAUUCCUCCUGAAGACUGAGUGCUUUUCUUUUUAUAUGAGAGUGUACAAAGAUGUGUGGCAUUGAGUACUAAUGUCAGACACUUGUUGAUGAUUCUUUGUUAUACGUGUGUUUGUUUAGAAGCAAUGUAUGCAAUAUGUCAUAUGGUGAAUCUGUAAACUGUUCUAUUUAAUAGGCAUUUUUAAAUGAAAACAACACAUUUUGCGCAUUACACAAAUGAAGAUGCUUAGGAGUGCUUGUAGAGUACAUCAGUUUACUUUGAUAUCGUCCCCUAGUGGUGUGGAGGAUAAACUUUUGCUACACUGCUGCUGCUCUUAAUGAUGUUACUCUAGAAGAAAUUGACCUUCACCUUUGAUGCAAAAUAAGCUUUUUGUGGUGUUCAAUGUAUGAGUCAUAUGUGGAAAAGCUGUUACUACAUCAGCACAAAAGAACGUCUUACAUAAGGUGUUUCAAUCCACAAUAGACAUAAGGCACCUAAAGCCCACUGAAACAACACAUGAUUUUGUGAUUAAAGAGAAAUCUAGAUGCAGCAAUGUCCAAUAUAGACCUAGGACCACAACUUUCUCUUAUUCAAUCUAAAAUUAACUGAACUUUUGCAGUAGUCUAUGAUCAGAUUUACACCAUAACCUCACACAGACUGUUGGUCUGUGCUCGUCUCUGGUUUAGUCUUAACUAAGCGUCACAAUGACUGAAGUGUACUGUAUAUACCAUCUCAGAAAUCCAUCCACAUUGAAUUUCCUCAUGCUUGUACACCUGCUUAUGAGUCGAGCAAUGGAAGCAUCUGCAUGGCGAGUACUGCACUAACAAGCGAUCUGUAUAUAUCAAUGCAUGACAAUAGUCAAGAGAAGGUCCAGCUUGUUAUUACAUUGCUUCGGGCUGCUAUCAGAGGUGAAGAUCAAGUCCGAAAUCAAAUUUGAAAAAAGAACAAAUUUGGGGGCUAUAGGAAGGGUUCUUGGUUUAUGCGGUAUGACAUCGAUUCAGUAAUUGAUUAAGGAAUAUGUUUUAAUACAUUACAUCAUUCAAUUAAAAAAGUACAUUUUGAGGGGUAUUAAUCUGUCCAGGAUUGAGGUGAGUUGUAAAACUCAAUUUGCUCAGUUUCUUUACAGAAAGGUAAUCAAUGCUAAAUAUUUUUAGUGCAUUGAAGAAAUAACAUGAUGAUCGCAAUUGGAUAUUGUGGAUUUGUACAGCAUAGAAAAGCAUAUCUUGCCUCCUUUGUGUCAGUAUUGAAGUGAUGUUAUAACAGAUUGGACAUGGAAGCAUUUGUAAAGUCCAUGUGUCACAUUAUUGGGUAAAGUUUUUUUUUCCUAGAGGAUACAUUUCUCUUUAAACGUAAAGCACUUAUCACUACUGUUAUUUGUUCUGGGGAGCAACAGCUUUAAUAAAUGUCAAAGAUUCAUGUUAUUUAUGAAAAUGUCAAAUUAAAAAGA